AUGGGGUGGGUCAAAUCACUUGGAAGUUGGAUGACUGAAACAAGGGCGGGUUCUUUGGUCAACCUCAACCCUGGUCCUGAUCCCUCGCAACAAACCGAGAUAGAGAACUAUAUUGAACACGAAGUGACGCUAAUUAGGCAUGUGUCUCUCUUCAGCCGACCUGCUGUCGAUCUGUCUGGCCUUGAUCGAGGCUAUAUUCACACCGUAAUUGGACAGAUGCGGUCUCACGUGAUCAGUCACCGCGUUUCCAGUUGGCUGGUUGGCUGUCCGCUGCUGACACCCAAAAGGACCCUCCCGCGUCUAUCGGCGGUUCGGGAAACAUUGACCAGUCAUGUCACCACCUCUAACCGCCGCAGCAAACAAUAUGGCCCUGGGGUCGAGUUUCGCAUCGACCGAUGUCUCUCCAGUCAAAAAAUAGCUCUUCGUGCAGCUUCUUCCGGAUCCAACCUCUCCCAUAAUGACGCAGAGAGGAUUCGAGAGGCCCGCUCCGGCGGCUCCACGACGCUUGAGGAGCCCCAGAGCUGA